AUGGAUUAUUCCUUCUAUUCUACUCCCAACCCGCAGCAGCAGCAGCAGCCUUAUCCACUAUACAACCUACACGGGCUACCCACCCCGGACCAGGUGCCUCGUGCUGAAGAUGCCCAGGGCACUUUUCCUCAUCUUGGAUCACAUAAUUACCAGCCCUUCGAUCCGAGUUUACGCUUUACGGAUGCUAAUGGCAUUCCUUCUUUUGUCCCUCCCCCGCAUUCGCCGCCCGAAUCCUUGACCAAGCAAUCGGUGUCCAGCAGCGAUGUCGCCAACCCUCACUUCGACCGAGCUUCCCUGGAGGCCGAUGAUUUUCCUAUCGACUUCAACCCGGGCCGAAGUAGCAGCGAGGAGAAGGAUAGCGUGACACCAGCACAGUCUAAGCGGAAGGCACAGAAUAGAGCUGCUCAGCGCGCAUUUCGCGAACGCAAGGAACGGCAUGUGCGCGAGCUUGAGAAGAAAGUCAACAAUCUAGAGCAGGAAUCCAACACCCUGAUGGCGGACAACGAGCGACUCAAGCGCGAGCUAGCCAGAUUCACCACGGAAAAUGAGAUCCUCAAGGCGACGUCCGGCUCGUUCCGGCCGCCUAAUCAGCAAUCUAUGGGUUCGGAACCGACGACGACUGGACCGCUGCAAUAUUCACCCACCGAUUUCAACCCGGGCUCCGACUCCACGGGCGAGCUUCCGCCGCGCCACAGAGUGACCACCUGCCAGGUCACAGGUGAGCGGCUCCUGGACGCCGGAGCCACUUGGGAAUAUAUCCAAGAACAUGAGCUUUUCAAGCGAGGGUCGCUGAACAUUGCAGACGUCUACCAACGGCUCAAGGGCGCGGCUCAGUGUGACGGCACGGGUCCGGCCUUCCGCGAGAGUGAGGUGCGCAAGGCCAUCGAGAAGAGCUCUGCCGCAUGCAGUGACGAGUUGAUAUGA